AAAAAAUGUCCCUUCAAACUUUGCAGAGUUUCAGGAGCAACAAGUCGCAAACAGUCUUGCUGAUGAGCAUGAUGGUGGGUGUGAUGGUGGUGUGUUGUUGCUUGGAUGUUGUAUUGGGAGGAUUGCAAUCAGUAAAAUUAUUACAAGUACAGAUGGUAUCGAGACAUUGUGAUAGAACAACAAUUCAUGAGAAUGAUUUUGUUCCGACAGACCCAUUCAAUUGGUAUGAUGUGUUUGGAUUGAAGGAGGGGCAGUUAACUGGACUUGGACAACAACAAUGUAAUCACAUGGGAAAUGUAUUGUAUGGAAGAUAUUUGAAUGAAUCAUCUAGUUCUAGAAUUGAUGGAAUUUCAACCAAUUACAAUCAAACAAUGUAUUAUUUUAGAUCGACAGAUGUUGAUAGAACAAUAAUGUCAAUUUGGAGUGCUUCUAUGGGAUUAUUUAAACAAGGAACUGGAUAUCAAUCAAUUGUUAAUCCUUCUGAACCAUCUCUUGGAUUUGCAUUACCUAAUGGAACACAAGCUAUUCCAAUUCACUCUGAAUCGAAACCACUUGAUGCUACGUUGAGAGGUUUUGAAUUAUGCAACAGCGUCGAACAACGUACCAAAGAUGUUAUCAACACUCAAGAGUAUAAGAAUACCAUUAGCAAGUAUAGAACUUUUAUUGAUGAUUUAUACAAGAUUACUGGUUGGAGUGGUAGACCAGAUACUGAUUUACAUAUUUUGUUUGAUUUGUUGCAAACUCAAUAUUCUCACAAAGUAUUGAAAUUACAAUGGGUUAUUGAUAAUUGGUCAACUUUGGAGAGCUUGAGAAACGAAUUAUUGAGAUUGAAUUUCAGCUAUUAUGUGAUGGGAAGGGAAGGAAUGAGUAUGUUCAAUAAGAAUUUACUCAAAGUCAUGCACGAAAAGAAGGACAAGUAUGUGCACUAUAGUGCUCACGAUUCAACCAUUCAAGCAAUUUCUGGAAGCUUGAAGCUUGUAAAUGAUUACCAACAAAUGGGUGGUCAUCCACCAUAUGGUUCCAAUUUAGGAUUUGAGUUGCAUCUUAUGAGUGAUGGUUCAAAGGCAGUAAGAUUAGUUUACAACCACGGAUACGAUGAUGAUAGUUUUACACCACUCACUUUGAAGAGUUUGGGCUGUCCAGAUGAAUUUUGUCCACUUACCACUUUUGAAAAGGUCCUUAAAGCCAACUCUAUUGUAGAUGAUUGGUGUCUAGUUUGUGGAAACUAUAAUUUGGAAGUUUGCUCUGGUAAAUACGAACGUGGAAAUGCAGAAGUAACAACAGCAUUCAUUGUUAUCACUCCAGUCCUUGUGGUCACUAACAUUAUCACAUUAUUUGCCUUCAUCUUCUUUUAUUUAAGAUCCAGACAAAGAAAGUAUGCCUACGGCUCUCUAAAUAAUUAAACUCACUCUUUUUGCUGACCUUGU